AUGAAACUAAUCUCCAAUGCCAUUGAAACUCAUUCUAAAUCACUUAAGAGAGUCACCUUUAAUCAUAUCAGUCAGGAGAUAAACUUAGUAGUUGACGAUCUUGCUAAAGCUAGGGUUACUGACAAUGGAGUGAAAAUUGUUGACCCAAGUGGCGGGAUGCUUGCUCAAGAAUGGGAGCCUUUUGCUGAUCAACUUGUCAAUGCCCAAAGCCCUGAAACUCUUCUCUCAAUUAUAAGAGAGUGUGUGGAGAAGGAAAAAAUCCCAUUUGAUGGGGCGCAAUCAGCAGAGAUAUUAUUGGGAAGAGACACACGACCUAGUGGGGAAUCUCUCCUGGAAGCUGCAAAGCAAGGAAUAAGUUCAAUUUUUGGAGCUAUUGCACUUGACUUGGGGAUUUUAACAACCCCACAGCUGCAUUGGAUGGUUCGUGCUGGGAAUAAAGGCAUGAAAGCGACUGAACCUGCCUACUUUGAACAGAUUUCGAGCUCAUUCAGGUGCUUGAUAGACUUGAUCCCAAAUGGAACAAAGGCCAACAAGCUGGAUAAUAGAGUGGUGGUUGAUGGGGCUGAUGGUGUGGGUGGAGAGAAACUUGCAGUCUUGAAAAACAUGUUGACCGAUUUAGUUAUUGAGGUUCGUAAUUCUGGUGAAGAUGGAGGUUUACUAAAUGAUGGGGUUGGUGCUGAUUAUGUACAGAAAGAGAAGGUUGUUCCACGUGGAUUUGGUUCCAAUGAUGUUGGAAUAAGGUGUGCAAGUUUGGAUGGAGAUGCUGAUCGCCUUGUGUAUUUUUCAGUGCCAUCUAAUAGUAGCAGCAAAAUUGAUCUUGUUGAUGGGGACAAAAUAUUAUCCUUGUUUGCUUUAUUCAUCAAGGAGCAGCUAAAUAUUCUGAUCAAGGAGGGGAAUCAAAAAUCAAAUAAUAAUUUUCAAGCUCAUCUUGGUGUUGUUCAGACAGCUUAUGCAAAUGGAGCAUCAACCGAUUACCUCAAACAGUUGGGUUUAGAAGUCAUUUUUACUCCAACGGGGGUGAAACACUUACAUGAGAAAGCUGCUCAGUUUGAUAUUGGAAUCUAUUUUGAGGCCAAUGGUCAUGGCACUAUCUUGUUCUCAGAAUCUUUCUUAUCUUGGUUAGAGGCUAGGAACAAUGAGCUUGCUUUGGUGUCAGAAGGAUCCGAACAGCAGAAAGCUGCUUUAAGACUACUAUCAGUCAGUAAGUUGAUCAACCAAGCUAUUGGAGAUGCUUUGAGUUGCUUGCUCUUGGUUGAGGCAAUUUUGCAACAAAUGGAUUGGUCCAUACAUAAAUGGAAUGAACUUUACCAGGAUCUACCUAGUCGACAGCUUAAGGUCAAAGUUGUUGACAGAACAGCUAUUGUCACAACAAAUGCAGAAACUGUGGCCGUGAGCCCCCCUGGAAUUCAAGAAGCCGUUGAUGCUGAAACUGCAAAGUACCCUAGAGGCCGGUGUUUCAUACGACCAUCAGGUACGGAGGAUGUCGUUCGUGUAUAUGCAGAGGCAUCCACACAAGAAGCUGCAGACAGCUUGGCCAACUAUGUCGUGAAACUUGUUGAUCAGUUUUUAGGAUUUGGCAGCUCCGUAUAGUAGCUUCCUAAUGGUUUUUAUUCUAAUACAACAGAAAUCAGAAGAUGUCAAACAGGAAGUUCUAAUUUAAUCACCUAAAGUUUCAGAGAUGAUUUACAACUGGAGGUACAAAUAGCUUCCGAGAAUCUAUCCUGGUUUUAUAAAAACUGUUAAUCUUAUUGUAGUGGCAUUGACAUCAAUGUAAGUUUUGUCUCUACUUGUAACAACUUGGAUUUGGUUUAGUGGUUCUUACUAUUCUAGUACAGAGUCGAUGUCCAAAUUUUUUUAAAUUCCCCUUUCUAUUCAUCUUUGUUCCUUUAUAGACUAUAAUAAAAAGCAGCAGAACUCCAAAGAGCAA